AUGGUUCCUGGUUCGCGAUCGCCGACCAGAGCGGCCGUGGCCAGCUGCGUGGCAGCGAGGGCGACCCCUGGCGUUGUCGAGCUGCUGCAGGAGUUCGUGCCCACUGUUUACCUGUACGACAACUUCCCCGGUGGCGUUGGCCUCAGCGAGCCGCUGUGGCAGCGCCAGGCCGAACUGGUGCAGCGCGCGCGCGAACUGGUGCAGCGCUGCGACUGCAAGGCCGGCUGCCCGGCCUGUGUCGGCCCGGUUCUGGCCGCGCAGGAAGAGGAUGAGACCUCGCCGCCACGUGCCCGACGUGGUGGUGACCAUCCGCGACCCGAUGGAGCUGCUGGCACCGUGAGCCUGAGCCUGGACAAGCUGCGCCUGCUGCGGAAGCAGGCCGGCGACCCGAAGGCGAGCACGCCGGCCGUGCCCGGGCCGCCACCGACGGUGCCGGCCCCAGUGGCCGCCAACGAUGCACGGCAGCCACCGGCCGAGCGCUCGGUAUUUGCCUGGGUCGAGCAGGAGAUCCGCCACAAGCCGACCGGCGCGGCGGCGCCGGUUGCGCACCCCGCACCGCUGCGUCGGCCCGAGGUGGGCAGCCUGCAUCGCCUGCUCGGCCUGCGCACACGCGGCAGUUCCGCACCGGUGCGAGCCAGUGCGCAGGAUCGCCAGCUGCCCGGAGAGGAAAUCGCGCCGGGCCUGUUCCUGAUCGAGUCGCUGCAGGCGCAGCCGAUUCCGGCACAGCCGCUGUCGCUGGAUUUCGCCCGCCGCGAAGGCGAACACGUAUCCCCGCGCGACCUGCUGUUCUUCGAUACCGAAACCACCGGCCUGGCCGGCGGCACCGGCACCCGCGCCUUCAUGAUCGGGGCCGCCGACUGGCAUGCGUGCCCGCAACGCGGCGAAGGCCUGCGCAUCCGCCAGCUGCUGAUGGCGACGAUGGCCGCCGAGGACGCGAUGCUGGCCACCUUCGCCAGCUGGCUGCAGCCGUCCACCGUGUUGUGCAGCUACAACGGCCGCAGCUACGACGCGCCGUUGCUGAAGGCGCGCUACCGGUUGGCACGCCAGCGUUGCCCGAUCAGCGCGCUGGACCAUGUCGAUCUGCUCUAUCCCACUCGCCGCCGCUAUCGUGGGACGUGGGAGAACUGCAAGCUGUCCACCAUCGAACGCCAGCUGCUGCGCGUGGUGCGCGAAGACGACCUGCCCGGCUCGGAAGCCCCGGGCGCAUGGCUGCGUUUCCUGCGUGGUGGCGAUGCAGUCAACCUGCGCCGGGUGGCCGACCACAACCACCAGGACGUGGUGACCCUGGCCCUGCUGCUGCAGCGGCUGGUGCACGAAGAACAGCGCGAGCGCGAGACGUUGGCAUUGGUCGGGCAGUAG